AUGGAGCAGAGAAUCCUGUCCGACAAUGGUGUCUUGCGUUCCAAGAAAGUGGCUUUCGUGGGUUCUGGUCCGAUGCCUCUCACUUCCUUCGUCAUGGCCACACGUCGCAUGACAACCACACAUUUCGACAACUUCGACAUUGACCCGACCGCGAACGAAUUGGCGAGAAAGAUCGCGGCUUCUGACCAUGCGCUCGAGGAAAGGAUGAAGUUUUUGACACGUGAUGUGAUGGAGUUGAAGGAAGAAUUUGCAGAGUACGACUGUGUUUUCAUGGCUGCCCUGGUGGGGAUGAGUGGAGAGGAGAAGGCAAAGAUCAUUGGGCAUAUCCGUAAAUACAUGAAGAAAGGAGGGUAUUUGCUAGUGAGGAGUGCAAAGGGUGCGAGAGCUUUCUUGUACCCUGUCGUCGAGGAGGCUCACUUGCUUGGCUUCCAAGUAAUCUCUGUGUUUCAUCCGAUGGACGAUGUCAUCAACUGUCAUCCUUGCUCGCAAACCUUCUGUCUGAUCCCGAGGGUUUAA